AUGUCUAAACGGUCAGCGUACGACGACGAGGACAACCCACCAACACCAUCAGACGACUCAGACUUCGACGACGAUGAAGAUCCAGAUAAUUUGGAAGUACCAGGUGGUGGCAAGACCCUGGCGGCUGCUGCCCGCAUGGCAGACAAGAAAGUUACAGUUACACCACAGGUCACAGUCAAACCAACUACAAAUCCAUUGGCAGCUGCAUCAGGGCAGGCGUUCGGACAGGCCAGUAACGUGAAACCGAUCAAGAUCUCUGCCAGUUCCCUUACGAAACCCAUCAACAUAUCUGGCCUCGGGAGGGGCGCACCGGCGAGCAUGGCGCCACCGGCACCUUUUGCGGCGGGCUCCUCGGCCGCAUUCAGCGCGGCCUCGCUGCUCGCUCAGAUGGAGAUGGUGGGCAUGACGGGUAUGAACUCGUACCUACUACAGAAUUUGAAUCAGAUCCUAGCUUCUGGCAUGGGUGGGCCUUUGGCUGGUAUGUUGGGUCAGUUCGCACAAGUGGGCCCCAUGUGGGCACAAGGGAAACCCGGGAACAUGUGGCAGCCAGAAAAGAUGCCCGGAGACGAAGAAGAAGUGGACGAUGAAGAAAUGGGUGUAGCUGAAACAUACGCAGAUUAUAUGCCUCCAAAAUUAAAACUAGGACGCAAACACCCAGAUCCAGUGGUGGAAACAGCUUCACUAUCUUCAGUGGAGCCAGUAGAUGUGACGUACAAAUUAAGUCUCCCAGAUGAUACGAUACGCGGCGGACUAUUGUCCGCGCUGCAACUCGAAGCUGUUGUGUAUGCAUCGCAGGCGCACGAACACUUGUUGCCUGAUGGCACCAGAGCAGGCUUUUUAAUUGGUGACGGUGCUGGCGUGGGCAAAGGCCGUACAAUCGCUGGCAUCAUUUUCGAGAACUACUUGAAGGGUCGCAAGCGAGCCAUCUGGGUGUCCGUCUCCAAUGAUCUCAAAUACGAUGCGGAGAGGGACCUCAGGGACAUUGGUGCUUCCAAGAUCGAAGUACAUCCUCUUAAUAAGUUUAAAUACGCGAAGAUAUCAUCAGCAGUGAACGGCAAUGUGAAGAAGGGCGUGAUAUUCAGCACUUACUCCGCUCUGAUCGGCGAGACUCAGUCCUCCAACACCAAGUACCGCACCAGACUCAAGCAGCUGCUGCAGUGGUGCGGAGAAGACUUCGACGGAUGUAUCGUUUUCGACGAGUGCCACAAGGCCAAGAACCUGUGCCCGGUGGGGUCGGGCAAGGCCACGAAGACGGGCCUGACGGCGCUGGAGCUGCAGAACAAGCUGCCCAAGGCGCGCGUCGUGUACGCGUCCGCCACGGGCGCGUCCGAGCCGCGCAACAUGGCCUACAUGGUGCGCCUCGGCAUCUGGGGGGACGGCACGCCCUUCCCCACCUUCAUGGACUUCAUCAACGCCGUCGAGAAGAGGGGCGUGGGUGCCAUGGAGAUAGUAGCGAUGGACAUGAAGCUUCGUGGGAUGUACAUCGCGCGCCAGCUCUCCUUCCACGGCGUGUCGUUCAAGAUCGAGGAGGUGCCGCUCGCCGAAUCCUUCCGCGAGACCUACGACAAGGCUGUCUCUCUCUGGGUGGAGGCCAUGCAGCGUUUCACGGAGGCGGCCGAGCUGAUCAACGCGGAGUCUCGUAUGAAGACCACCAUGUGGGGACAGUUCUGGUCGGCGCACCAACGGUUCUUCAAGUACCUGUGUAUAGCUGCGAAGGUGAAUCACGCAGUGGUGACGGCCCGUGAGGCGGUGAAGUGCGGCAAGUGCGUGGUCAUCGGCCUGCAGAGCACGGGCGAGGCUCGCACCCUCGACCAGCUCGAGCGGGACGACGGGGAGCUCAGCGACUUUGUGUCCACUGCCAAAGGCGUCUUCCAAACCCUAGUGGAAAAACACUUUCCAGCUCCAGACCGUAACAGAAUCAACCGUCUGCUCGGUUUAGAAGCGCCCCGAGGGAAAGCCGCCGCGGCCGCCAUACACAAGCAACAGAACGGAAACAAAAACGGGCUUGAAGAUGAAGCAAAUACGUCUAAGAGAAAGUUAACAGCAAGACAGCAAGUGAAUCAAGCAGCCAAGCGCAUGCGCGGAAACUCGUCCUCUGACGAAUUCGUGCGAGGCUCGGAAGAUGAACUGGAAGCGGAAUCCGAUGAGGAACAGAGGCCGCCUGGAUCAGACUCAGAGCUGUCAGACUUCAAUCCGUUCCGUGGAGGCAGUGACAGUGACGAUGAACCGUGGCUCGGCCGUAAAAAGAAACCCGUGAAGAAGAAGAAAGCAGCAUCACCAAAGAAGAAACCGUCAACGACACAAGACAAGAUAGAGACAAUGUUCGAGCGCAAGAACAGCGCGGCCAGCGCCGCCACCGUCACCGUGACCACGCCCGCCGGACACAGCGUCACCGGCACCCCGGUUGGGACCAACGGACUCUACCUAGGUCCGGCUCGCAACCAGGCACCCCCCCGCUCGGCCAUCGAGCGCGCCUGCAGCAUGAAGGAGGAACUGCUGCUGGCCAUCGAGCGGCUCGGCCGGCGCCUGCCGCCCAACACGCUCGACCAGCUCGUGGACGAGCUGGGCGGCACUGAGAACGUCGCAGAGAUGACAGGUCGCAAGGGACGAGUAGUACAAACAGAAGAUGGACAGAUUCUAUACGAGAGUCGGUCGGAGGCGGACGUGCCGCUGGAGACCCUCAACCUGACAGAGAAGCAACGCUUCAUGGACGGCGAGAAGGACGUGGCCAUCAUCUCCGAGGCCGCCUCCAGUGGUAUCUCAUUACAGAGUGAUCGAAGGGCGCGGAAUCAAAGGCGGCGAGUUCACAUAACGUUAGAGUUACCGUGGUCUGCCGACAGAGCCAUACAACAGUUUGGUCGUACCCACCGAUCGAAUCAGGUGAACGCACCGGAGUACAUAUUCUUGAUCUCGGACUUGGCGGGCGAGAGGCGAUUCGCUUCGACGGUCGCCAAGCGCUUGGAGUCGCUCGGAGCGCUUACACACGGUGACCGACGCGCCACCGAGACUAGGGAUCUCAGCCAGUUCAACAUCGACAACAAAUACGGUCGGUCGGCGCUGGAGUCGGUGAUGCGCGCGAUCAUGAAGUACGACAGCCCGCUCGUGCCGCCGCCCGCUGACUACGCGGGCGACUUCUUCCAGGACGUGGCCGCCGCGCUCGUCGGCGUCGGCCUCAUCGUCAACAGCGAGGCCGCGCCCGGCGUGCUCUCGCUCGACAAGGAUUACAACAACAUGUCAAAAUUCUUGAACAGGAUAUUAGGCAUGCCGGUGGAGUUACAGAACAGACUAUUCAAGUAUUUCACUGACACACUCGCCGCAGUUAUGGAACAAGCCCGUCGCGGCGGGCGGUUCGACCUGGGCAUCCUGGACCUGGGCAGCGCGGGCGAGCGCGUGCGGCGCGUGCGCUGCCAGCGCUUCGUGCGCCGCCACGCCACCGGCCGCGCGCCCGUCGAGCUGCACACCGUGCACACCGAGGUAACCUCGCACUCACUAGACGUUAGAGCGGGCGGCGCGUGCGCUGCCUGCGCUUCGUGCGCCGCCACGCCACCGGCCGCGCGCCCGUCGAGCUGCACACCGUGCACACCGAGCGGGCGGCGCGUGCGCUGCCUGCGCUUCGUGCGCCGCCACGCCACCGGCCGCGCGCCCGUCGAGCUGCACACCGUGCACACCGAGGUAACCUCGCACUCACUAGACGUUAGAGCGGGCGGCGCGUGCGCUGCCUGCGCUUCGUGCGCCGCCACGCCACCGGCCGCGCGCCCUAGAGCUGCACACCGUGCACACCGAGGUAACCUCGCACGCUCAGCGGGGGCUGGACCCGGCCGGCGUGGCCGCGGACUGCUAAUAUUUUAA